AUGAUGCUAGCCUGGAGCAACAACAAGAAGGCGGGCGCUGUCACUCUUUCUUCCAACCAGCAGUUCUUUAACAAGUCUAAGAAAACUUGGCUCAUCGACAUGAUAUUCGACCUGAACGAUGAAGCCCCUCUGGUGAAAGGACGGCACAGAGGACACAUCAACUUUGGAAGUGGCUUGACAAGUUUCACAAUGGAGAACAGCAUCAUGCAAACAUAUACAGGGACGGGUGAGGGGAUUGAUCUGAACACUUUCCUCAACCAAACACCUCUUCUACCUCGCGCUGCCCAUACAUCUUGUGCUGCAUGUUAA